CUCGUAGCGGAUGCGUCCAACAUGGAACCUGGAAUGCUCGAGUUAAAUGACUAUUGGAGUCGCUUAGGUCAUGCCAUGGAAGCGCAGAUUGGAGCAUCGCCACACCCACGCCCUCCAGCUCCGCUCCCCGCUUCUCCUGGUCCUUCCAGUUUCCACCGCCGAGCCUCCGCAAAUCUCACGCCAAAUUCGCGGAGACCAACUUGACUCUCACGUCAACUCCCCCGGAUUAGAUAGCCGUUCUAUCUGUCCAUUGCCUGCCUCGCCUUCUUCUUUCCCCCAGUUUAGUUUUGUUAAUUGCAGGAUAUUCCAGGGCAAGCCUGAUCCUCACAUGGUUUCGCUCAACCGCAGACGUUACCGUACGGUAUGCGAUCCCGCACAGGCUGUUUGACGUGUCGCACCCGGAAAUUGAAAUGCGACGAACAAAAACCCGUGUGUUCUCAGUGCCAGAAGGGAGGAAGGGAGUGUCGCCCGAGCGAAGGGGUUGUCUUCCGCCAUCAGCAAAAUGCCUCCAUGAACAAGAAUAUCGUAGAAGGGUCAUCGGACGGACGUGGAAGCCUGAGAGGGUUCUACUCGUAUAAGAACACGUUUGAUAAGGAUAGUGUUUGGUUGGAUAUUCCGAAGCAUGUGAUUUUUGUCGACAACUCUGAUCCGUACGCUCAAGAUUUGGAGGCCGCCCUGACGGAGUCCGAGGCCGCGAUUCUAGCUGC